AUGCGCCCGACGCCGGCGCCUCUUACGCAUGUGAGCGUGAUCCGCCACAUGUUACACCCACGCUUUUGCACUGCGGGUUUGACAGAGAAUGACCGCGAACGGGUCAAAGGCUUGGUUGUGCUUGGAACCGCCCAGCGGCCCAUCCGUGGCCAGCUGAAGGAGGUGUUGUUGCUGGUCCAUGGAUCGGUCGAUGACGAGCUGUACACGCUCAGGUGGUGCAUCGAGACUUCUCCCGCCCCUCAGGAAACGUUGACCCGCGCCCGCGCCCUACUCAGCUCGCAACCCAACCCGGCCGGCUUGGAACCAGCCGCUGGCAGCAUCGCCGUUGAAGACCCUGAUGCGGCCCCGCCAUUGGUUGCACGCGUCAAGCCACCGCGGCACCGACUGGCCCCUAUGUCGGUCGGCGAACUGGACUUUGACGUGGCAACGGAUGAGGAAGAGGACAGCGCCACUUGGGCUCCAAUGGAUGGGGCACCAGCCGUUUUUGAGGCUUGGGGGAGUGCGACCAUCGACCCUGGCCACGAAAGGGCAAAUUUUAAAGCACGUGCUCCGCAACUUGAUGACGCCUUUGCGCUUGAUGCCUGUGACCCUGGCCACGUCUUCUUGCACUUCCUCCCCCCGCGAAUCCUUGAAAACAUGCUUCGUGGGAGCUCAGUCGCUUCCUUAUCCAAGGAGGAACUGCUCGGAUUCUUUGGCUUGCAGCUGCUCGGCGCCAAUCACGCUCGGGCGACCGAGGAUCUGUUCAAGCCGUCGCAGUCGCAGUUUGACGUCUUUCCGGACUUUUCCUCCAUCAUGAGCCAACACCGCUUCCGCGAGAUUGCCAAAGGCCUUCGCCUCACUGACACCAAGCCUCGGGGCGGAGCCGACCCUUUCCACGCCGUGCGGGAGAUGGCCGAAGCUUUCAACGAUCACAUGGCUAAGAGUAGUGUAUUCCGACCGUCUUCACUCGUGUGCCUGGACGAGUCCAUGGUCACGCAUCACCAGGAGGAGGACCCAGGCUUUGUCUUCAUUGGGCGCAAACCCCAUCCGGUCGGCAAUGAGUACCAUGCCAUCUGCGAUGCCGAGACCGGGAUCGUCUAUCGCAUUGAGAUGGUGGAGGGCAAGGCUCGCCCACGACAGCUCCCACUGAAAUAUGCAGAGCACGGGCAGACCGGUGGCCUCAUCCUGCGCAUGACAGAGACCAGCGUAGGCAUGGGCCGCGUUGUCGUCAUGGACAGCGCCUUUUGUGAGCUGCAACCGCUGGUUGAGCUGCGCAAUCGGGUAUGUCUUGCUCAUGAUAUCGUCCUAUGGAAACACGGACCAGAGCGCAAGGGUCGCGUGGAUCGGGACAUAAUUUCCUACCACCGCAACCAGCCCCUCGAUGACUACUAUAACGGGCGCCACGCCGUGCACGAUCACAAUCAGCUGCGUCAGUGCCAGAAACGAGAUCUGGAGAUGGCCUGGGACAGUAAGUUUUGGGACAUCGACCAACUAGUGUUCGUGGUCUCGACAACCUUGGUGAACACGCUCUUGUGGUACAACCGUCGCUAUUUGGCUCCGCGCGGCCGCCAGCCCUUGUCACUAAGUGAGUUGCGGAGCAAAGUUGGCGAGCACCUUGUGCAAAUGCUCGUCAACAGCCGCCCCGGCAUGUCCCCGGCCUUGUGCCAACCCCACGCCCAAACCGGAACGCUUCAUCGACUUAUCAGCAUUCCGCCAUACCAAGGCUCGCGCCCAGGAAAACGCGUCAAGGCCAGGUACCAAGCCGUGCGCUGCCGUGGUGAAAACUGUCAUAAAAUGGUGCGCAAGUAUUGUCUGUGUUCGCCUGUCCUCUUCCUCUGCAUCGAGUGUUUCGCCCUGCACAUUCAAUAG